CUGGGAUGGCAGCACCUUCUACAAAAUUAAAUAAUCGUUUGCCGUAGUCACCCUGUGUAGCACACGUUUUUCGAUAUAAAACAAAUCAAAACAAACCCACCGGGUUAGAGACUUCCCAAUAAAGGAAUCUGGUUCUUCAAACAAAAAAAGAACUAUAUAAAGAAUAGUAAUGAACUCAUUUGAAAUUAAAGAAAUUCCGGGCAAAGGUCGUGCCAUGGUCGCGACAAAACCUUUUGCUGUUGGAGAGACCAUUUUUGAAGAGGAACCCUUCGUUUCGCGACAAUUUUCUUGGAACGCUGCCUAUGGUUAUGCAGCAUGUGAUCAUUGCAUGCGUCCGUUGGAGACAGUUUUGGAGAAUGUUCGUCGCUUAGCAAAUAACAAUGCGUUGAUAGUACCUCUAGCGGAAUAUGAUCCAACCACACCUUGGCUCGAACAGUUUACUCAAUGCCAACGCUGUAAAGUGCGCUACUGUUCUGAGGAUUGCCGUAUGGAAUCAUUAAAUAAAUAUCAUCGUGUCGCUUGCAUGGGUAACUUUCAUACAGAUGAUUCACAUCCCAUUAAUGCAUUAAAUGAAACGUGGAAAAAAAUGCAUUAUCCGCCGGAAACUGGUACAAUUUUACUAAUUGUUCGUUUAAUGGCCAUGUAUAAACAAAGCAAUAACAAACAACAGUUUCUCGAAUCACUUCAAUCUUUUCAAUCCUUGAUAGUAAAUACCGAAGCGAAAAUAUAUCACAAAAUGUUAGGAGAAAAUUUCGAACAACAAAUGGAACAGCUCUUUGUUGCUUUUUGCAGAGCAUUUGCGGAUGAAGAAUUCGCAGCUUUCACUACACCAGACGCGUUUAAGACAUUGAUGGGUAUGAUUGGUACAAAUAGUCAAGGCAUUGCAACGAGUCCCUUAGCGGAAUGGGUUAAAAAAGUGAGUGAUUUGCCGCUACCAGACGGCGACAAAGCAAAGCUAGACGAAUACAUCGAUGAUAUUUACAAUAAAGUAGGAGAAUUCGCUGGUGAAUUUCUUAACACUGAAGGUGUUGGCCUUUACUUAUUACAAAGCAAAAUUAACCACAGUUGUGUACCCAAUGCACAAUCGACAUUCCCCUACUCAAAUGAUAUCGUGGUCCUCAAGGCUGUGGCUGCAAUAGAGGCGGGUGAAGAAAUUUGCAUAUCCUACUUGGACGAGUGCCAGUUGGAACGUAGUCGGCAUUCUAGACAAAAAAUUCUUAAAGAAAACUACAUUUUUGUAUGUCAGUGUCCUAAAUGCCAAUUACAAGUUACUGACCCUGAUGAAACUAGCGAAGAUGAAGACUACGAUGACGAUGACGAAAUGGAUAUGGACGAUGAAGAUGCAAAUAUGUCAGAUUAAUAAAUUGUUAGAUUCUUAACACUUUUAUGCAUUUCCUAUGUAUGCAUGUAUAUAUAUUAUUAUAGGCAUUAUUGUAACAAUAAAAGUGUUCAUAUAUA